AUGCGUUUCUCGGCGCUUCGAGAACGUGUCUUCCGGCUGAAAAACCUGCCGGCUGGAGAGCUGGCCACGCCCCUCAGAAGAUGUCUGAGCACCUUCGAUAUCACUUUAUUGGGUGUCGGACAUAUGAUUGGAGCCGGAAUUUAUGUGUUGACCGGAUCGGUGGUCAGGAAUACGGCCGGUCCGUCGAUUGUGCUAUCGUUUUUGUUGGCUGGAUUCGCCUCCCUGCUCUCCGCCCUCUGCUACGCUGAAUUCGGCGCCCGUUUUCCGAAGGCCGGCAGUGCCUACACCUAUACCUACGUCGGUGUCGGAGAGCUCUGGGCCUUCAUAAUCGGAUGGAAUAUUGUGUUGGAGCACAUGCUCGGAGCCGCCGCAGUCGCCCGCUCAUGGUCUGGCUAUUUGGAUUCACUGUUGGGAAAUGUGAUCUCGAAUUCGACGAUUGCAAGGACAGGACAUCUUCAUGAGGCGUCCUCAUUCUUCGGUGACUACCCUGACCUGCUCGCCUUCCUGCUCAUUGUGCUCGUCGCCUUUUUCGUAGCUCUCGGCUCAAAAGUGUCCACCAACUUCAACUCGUUCCUUACCAUUCUCAAUAUUGGAGUCGUCGUCAUUGUCGUGUUCUACGGUAUCACGUUUGCCGACUUCUCACUUUGGAGUGGAGUGGAUGAAAAAGGGGACUCGAGAUUCUUCCCUUAUGGAGUUUCUGGAAUGUUCGCUGGUGCUGCUUCGUGCUUUUUCGCGUAUAUUGGGUUUGAUGGGUUGGCGACGGCGGGAGAGGAGGCAAAGAAUCCGGCGAGAUCCAUCCCAAUCGCCACUUUCUCCUCCAUGACCAUUGUCACCCUAUCCUAUGUCCUUAUGUCAGCCUCCCUGACCCUUAUGAUCCCCUAUAACAUGGUCCACCCGACCGCCGCGUUCUCCGACGCCUUCAUAAUGCGCGGUGCGGAAUUCGCGAGUUACGCCGUCUCACUGGGCGCUCUUUUUGGGAUGACGACGAGUCUUGUCGGUGGAAUGUUCGCUCUACCGAGAUGUGUAUUUGCGAUGGCGGAUGAUGGAUUGUUGUUCAGUUCGUUGGCAUCUGUUAACCCGAAAACUCAAGUUCCGAUUCAAGCUCUUUUGGUUUUUGGAUUCCUUACAGCGAUUAUUGCAUUGUUGUUUGAUAUUACUACGCUGGUAGAAUUCCUGUCCAUCGGCACGCUCCUCGCCUACUCCAUUGUCUCCGCCUGUGUCAUCAUCCUCCGCUAUCAACCAGCGUACUCGAUAGACGAGGGACAAUUCGACAAUGGAGGAAAACUUCGAUUCUCGAUUCCAUUUUGCGAUUUUCUGAAUCAUUUGCAACCGGGACACUCGAUUUAUUACGGAAUGAGUGUGAUGAUUGUGUCUAUGUUCUUAUCCGGAAUUGGGUUCAGUUCCGGUUAUUUAUAUGGUCCCCUACUUGGUCAAGUGUUCCUUUUGGUCAAUGUUAUUGUGGUUAUCCUCUCAUUUCUUUUUAUUUGUGCACAUUAUCAAAAUAAUACGCCGUUGGAUUUCAAGGUCCCAUGCGUCCCGCUAAUCCCCGCUCUCUCCCUCCUUAUCAACACCCUAAUGAUGGUCCACCUGGCCUGGAUCACGUGGAUCCGGUUGGCAGUUUGGAUGGGCGUCGGAUUCGCAAUCUACUUCGGUUACGGUAUCCAUCAUAGCAAAGAAGAGAUGCAAGACGCGGAGAAGUUCUCGAAAAGUUCCACUUAUGAAUCAGUGGUGUCUGGUGUGGUGGCGGGAGGAGCAGCGUCGCCGUAA